AUGUUCAACAAAGCGAGCUUUCUGGCCCGUCUCGUCGCCUCCUCUGUCCGAGUGUCCGAAGCCGCCGGAGGAAUAAUUAAAGUGAGUUCAACUCGAGAAUUCUGCUUUGUUCAGCAAAAAAUAUUGUUAGAAUGUGAUGGCUGGCGGAGACCUCAAAAUCAUCGAUAAAUCUGAGCAAGGCUCCGGUUAUGACCCACAAACGGAAGCUGAUCGACGGGCACAGUACUGCAUCGUGCAGUCGCUGCAGAAGCGCUUUAGCAACAUCACGAUUAUUGGUGAAGAGGUAACUGGAUUCCAUUAGGUGGUUUCAAUCAAUAUAUUAUAGGAAGACACGUCGGCGUGCCCGGAGCUCGAAUUGGGAUUCAAUGAAGACGUCUUGUUCACCGACCGUCUGAUGAGUUCCGAAUUGAAGGAUAUCAAGGAGAGCGAAGUCGUGGUCUGGGUAGAUCCACUGGACGGUACUUCGGAAGUCGCGCUGGCGGUGAAGAACAAAAAUCUUGCUCUUUUGGAGCAAGUGACCGUUCUAAUCGGGAUUGCGUACCGCGGAAGGCCCGUAGCAGGCAUCAUCCACCAGCCGUAUCAUUCGGACAGCGGGCGGACAGUCUGGGCUAUUCGAGGCUGUGGGAUUCACGGACUCACCCCAGCAACAGGUAACGUUUCUCACAAAUUACCAUCUGUGCAAUGCGACGAUUCCAGAAAACUCGAAGAAAGUCGUGGUCACUACUCGAAGUCACCUCAGCGAGUCCGUUUCAAGUGCUUUGGAAGCACUGAAAGGCAAAAAUCUGGCCGAUAGCGUUGAGAAAGUCGGCGGAGCCGGAUUCAAAGUGCUCAAAGUGCUCGAAGGCUGCGCCGCCUACGUGUUUGCGAGCGCUGGCUGCAAAAAGUGGGAUACGUGCGCCGUCGAAGCUGUUCUCUCUGCAGCAGGUACAUUUUAAAGUCAAUGGUCGGAAAUCAAACGAUUGUCAUUUCAGGCGGCAAAUUGACGGACAUCUCGGGACGAGACAUCCGCUACGAGUCUGACGUUCAAUUGAACAACACGGGCGGAGUGCUGGCGACAGCUUCCUGGGUCAAGCAUCAGGAUUACAUCGCGACGAUUCCUCAGGAGAUUAAAAACAACCUGCCGGAAAUUGCGUCGAAAAAGUGA